AAUAAAAUAAAAUCUGAACGAAGUAGACAGCCACAAUCAAGAAAUAUCCUUUCUUCGUAAGCUCUUUACAAUUAUCCUCAUUCCAUUCAGUGCUGCGAUUCAUUUUGCGAGUUUUUGAUCCGUAAUAAUCUUCGGCUUUGUAAGCAGCUACUUCUUCUUUGUUGCGAUUUUUUGCCUCCUUUGCUGUCGUUCGAAUGGAGGAUAGCGGUUCUAGUUUGUUGAAGUAAUCAAGUGGGAGCCGGAGAGCUAGGGUUAUAGUUUCGGAUGUUUAAGACGUGCAUGUAAGUUUCAUAAAAUGGAUGGAAUCAGUGGAACCCGGGGUGAAGGUGAGUCUUCGUCCGAAGUUAGUAUUAUCCCCUCCGGCUUGAAUCGGAUUAAGACUCGGCGAGUUUCUUCCAACGAUCAAACGAGUUCGAAACUAGAUGAGUCGACCGAGUCUCCGAGUUUUGGGGUCGCAUGGUCUACCCUGAAGCAAAAGCAAAAGACUAUGGCUCACGGACGUGGAAAGGCCAAUGGUUCUUCCAAAAAAGGACACCACAAGGGAAAGAAGAUAACCCGAUGGUUCAAGUCAUACCUUGGCAAGGAUUCAACUCAACCUUUCAGUAAUGUUCCUCCAAACAUUGAGGGUUGGAACUCAAAGACCAAGACACUUGACGAGAAUGGUCCUAUACAAUCUAAAGUAAGCAAUGAGAGAAGUCAUUUAGAUGGAAAGCAUUCUUCACGGGAGAGGGCAAGGUAUGGUAAAGUGUCAAAAGGGUUAAAAAGUUUUUCACAUGAACUAGGACCAAAAGGCGGCAUUCAACCCACCCAGCCUCGGGCUCACAGCUUCAGCAAUUUGGAGGAACUUUUGGGUUCUUUGCAUUCAAGAUUUGAUGCUGCCAAAGAAGUGGUGAAUGUGGAGCUGGCUAGUUUCUCAGGGGAUGUCCUGGAUGUUUUUGAUAAGAUUGACUCAUCCCUAGAGGGAGAAACAAUGGCAGAGGAUCUUCUGCUUCUUGCUAGGACGUGUAUGGAAAUGAACCCUUGUGAGUUUCGUGUCAAGUGUGAAACAAUUGUCCAAGAAUUGACUGAGAAAAGACAUCAGUGUCAAACAGGAAUGCUGAAGUGGCUGGUAACACGCAUGCUCUUCAUAUUAACACGGUGCACUAGGCUGUUGCAGUUCCAAAAAGAUAGGGAACCAAUAGAUGAGAAAUCUCUUCAUAAACUAAAGAAAUGUUUGGAAAGUAUUCCUGCUAUUGAAACAAGCUGGGUGCCCAAUCCCCAGAUUGCCGACUGUGGUUCACAUUAUGCUUUGAAUCAGAAGGAUGUUGUCAAACAUGAAUUGCAUCGAGAAAGUAAGCUAUGUUCUGUCCCGGAGGCAAGUUGUUGCAAUUCUUUAGAGCCAGAUGAUGAGAGUGACUCAAUUUCCAAGAAGGAUGUCAUGGUUUCGCAGCAAAAAUUGGCUGUUCAAACUGCCAAAACUGAUUUUCUUUCACCAGAGCAACAAUUUCAUCAAAUUGACAGUAGUUUUGGAAAAUUUAGAAAUAAUUGCAGUUCUGGGUCAUUUCAUGAGCAAGAAGAAAGCACAGAUGGAUCAGAGGCAGUACUCUGUCGGAUCUGUGAGGAAAUGGUUCCUACUUCUCAUCUGGAGUCACAUUCUUAUAUAUGUGCAUAUGCUGAUAAGUGUGACUUAAUUUAUCUAGAUGUAGAUGAGCGCCUUAUUAAACUUGCAGAGAUAUUGGAACAAAUCAUUGAGUCACGCAAUAAGAGUUUUCAUUCAUCUGAUGGCAGCCCUGAAAGCUCAAGAACAAAAACUACAAACUUGGCAAUUGCAUCUGAAGCAUAUUCUCCCAAGAUAUGUGAGUGGCGGAAUAAAGGUGUUGAAGGAAUGUUUGAGGAUAUACAUGAGAUGGACACAGCCUACAUAGAUGAUUCUCAUUCUGCUUCUAUGAACCUUAAGGGCCUUUUGGGUUUAAAGCUUGGCAACCACGGAACUUCCUCCUCAACUGGGAGCAUGACAUCAGUGUCGUCCACAAAUACACCUAGAGCUUGUCAUUUUGACUCCUGGUGGUUGGAGCACAAUAAUCCUUCUGCGCUGGAGGAUGUGCAACAGAUGAUUGACCUAGCGGACAUUGCCCGUUGUGUGGCAGGAACAGAUCUUUCAAAAGAAGGGUCCUAUGAAUUUUUGCUUGCCUGCACGCAUGACUUACAGGAUGUUUUACGCGAUAGCAAGCUGAAAGCUCUUGUAAUAGACACCUUUGGAGGCCGUAUUGAGAAGCUUCUGGGGGAGAAAUAUAUAAUUGCUUGUGAGCUAAUAGAUAUGAGAAGUCCAAAGAGUGAUAUCAAGAAUAAGGAAAGUUCUAGACAGCUGUUUGAUAAUGCAUCCCAAAGUACUGUUGAGACAACUGCUUUACAUUUCGUGCACAAAGAGCGGAUAAGCAUUGAUGACUUUGAGAUUAUCAAACCAAUUAGCAGGGGUGCUUUUGGUAAAGUCUUUCUUGCACGCAAGCGGACAACUGGAGAUUUUUUCGCAAUAAAGGUGCUGAAGAAAUUGGAUAUGAUACGAAAAAAUGAUAUUGAGCGGAUAUUGGCAGAGCGUAAUAUACUAAUAACUGUUCGGAACCCUUUUGUGGUUCGAUUUUUUUAUUCUUUCACAUGUAGAGAUAACCUCUACUUGGUUAUGGAAUAUCUGAAUGGAGGUGAUCUUUACUCUCUGCUCAGAAAUGUCGGUUGCCUUGAGGAAGAUGUAGCUCGUAUAUAUGUUGCAGAACUGGUUCUUGCUUUGGAGUACCUCCAUUCUCUUGGAAUUGUGCAUCGUGAUUUGAAACCUGACAACAUACUGAUUGCUCACGAUGGGCACAUUAAGCUUACAGACUUCGGACUAUCAAAGAUUGGCCUCAUAAAUAGCACAAUGGAGUUAUCAGGACCUCAGACAAUUGGAGCUGCUUCACCUGAUGUCCAUAACCCACAUGCUCAACAAACAGAGGAGAGAAGUCGGCACUCUGCUGUUGGGACGCCUGACUACUUGGCACCAGAAAUCCUUCUUGGAACUGAGCAUGGUUAUGCUGCUGAUUGGUGGUCAGUAGGAAUCAUCUUAUUUGAAUUGAUAACUGGAAUUCCCCCUUUCACUGCUGAACGUCCAGAGAAAAUAUUUGACAACAUUCUUAACAGAAAAGUCCCCUGGCCUUCAGUUCCCAGUGAUAUGACCUAUGAGGCCCAGGACCUAAUUAAUCGGUUUCUUAUACAUAAUCCAGAGCAGCGCUUAGGAGCAAAUGGAUCAGUAGAAGUAAAAGCAGAUCCUUUUUUCAGAGGAGUUAACUGGGACAACCUAGCAUUGCAGAAGAUCGGCUUCCUGUUGUGGGAGAUACUGAGCCGCAGGUUCAGCAUGUUUGGGAUGGGGUGAUGUGGAAUGUUGCUUUUCUUUGUCAACUGGUGAAUUAUGAAAUGUUUAAUAAAAUUGCUCAUUCUCGUGUGCAUUUAUGGGAGGGGCAUGAUGUCCUGAGUUGGCAGCAUACAGUGGAUGGUAAAUUUUCUACCAAAUCGGCCUGGCAAUUGGUUCGGAUUCAUGGAGAUGUUUGUCCAUGGAAGACGUGGUUAUGGCAAGAUCAUGUGCUAAAGAAGAUGUCUUUUUUAUGUUGGGGAGCACAACAAAAUGCCAUACCUGUGGAUGAAUCUAUCCAACAGCUUGGUAUUCCAAUUGCUUCUAAAUGUCAUUGUUGUGUGUCCAGCAAGGGUGAAUCUUUGGAUCAUGUGUUUUGUGAUGGGGAGGGUCCAAGGAAGGUUUGGGAUUUUUUUGCAGCUAUCUUUGGUAUUUGAUUACCUUAUACUCGGAUAUGGUCUGCUGUUUUGAGUAUUUGGUGGGGGCAAGCUUCUUCAUCUUCACAAGUUUGGUGGCUUCGUGGUAUUAUUCCUAUUUUUAUAUCUUGGGCUCUUUGGAGAGCACGUUGUGCGGUACAUAUGGAAGAUGUGAAAUAUGAUUGGAGGAAUAUUAUCCGAAGGGUAAAAGGUUUUGUUAUUGAUAUUUCAUUGUCAAUGAGGAAAUUCAAGGUGUUAGGCUCAAAGGACUUGCGUGUCUUGAGUGAGUUAAAUUGCCCAGUGGUGCUGAUUCUGGGGCAUAGGCCGAGUUUGAUUGCUUGGUCUCCACUGGAAGUGGGGGUGGUCAAGCUCAAUGUGGAUGGAGGUUCGCGUGGGAAUCCGGGUAUGUCUGGCGGAGGAGGCAUUCUCCGUAAUGUGCGGGGUCAGGUUCUUGGGGGGUUUUGCUCAUUGCUAUGGGCAUGCUACCAACACUAUUGCUGAAUGCCGAGCUUUUCUAGAUGGUCUUCGUUUUGUCAACAGUUGGGGUUGAGGGAUGUUUUGGUUGAGUUGGAUUCUAGUGUGGUGGUGGGUUGGUUUAUUUUGCGGUCUUGUACUUAUUGAUAUUUGUGGGAUUUUUGGGAAGAAGCUAAGUCUAUUAUCUCUUCUUUUAACAUUCAGUUAAAACAUGUGUUUAGAGAAGCUAAUAUGGUAGCUUAUUUUUUUAGCUAAGAUAGGGGGCUAAUGGUGGGAACUUGGAUUUUUUGGGUGAGAUGUGUGGACCAGGGAGAAUUAGGGGUCUUAUUCGUACAAAUAGAUUGGGUAUUCUGUAUGUUAGACGUUAGUUGAAUUGGGUCUUUUGCUUGGGGUUUUUUGAUGUAAUUAUGGUUGUUCUUCUGCCUAAGUGAGGGCUUUUAUUAAUAAAAAAAUAGUAGUUUCGAAAAAAAAAAAAAAAAAAACAAAUCUGUUUGGGG